AUGAUGAAGGACCUUUUCGGUGCUAUCUUUGUCAUCAGAGAUCGAGCUGCCUAUCUCUGUUUUGGACCUGACCCGACCGAACCGACCGAACUGUGUCGGUCAUUGUGUCAGGAACAGAAGACGCCCAGCUGCAAUGUCUCUUCGUAUUGGGAGUUGUCCCUUCUUUCUCUGCCACACGCUCUCUCCAUCAGAGGCAAGCCUAAUCGAAACAGAGAAGAAAAGAUGUAA